CACACGGCCCGGCCCGGCCGCUGCUGCUCGUCCGGCUCCCGAGCCAGCUCCCGGUCCAGCUCCCGAGCCAGCUCCCGAGCCAGCUCCCGGUCCAGCUCCCGAGCCAGCGCCCGAGCCGGCCCUCGCCGCCAUGAGCGGGCUGGGGCAGCUGCGGGAGCAGCGGGAGGCGGCCGCCGUGCAGCGCCGGCGGGAGCAGGAGUUCCUGCGGCGGAGCCGCAUCUUCAACGCGCGGCUCCGCACCAUUGGGAUUGAUAAAGAUGCAUUGGAUGUGCAGGUCAAGGAAAGGAAAAUUCAAGAAGCAAUUGAAAAAGCACGACAUGAAAAAUUUGCUAAUGACAUGAAGAGGAAUGACAGGCUCAUGUGUCUGCUGGAAGAACAGCAGAAAAGGGAAAUCAAAGACAUGAAUAAGGCUCUCAAGGAAUUUCAGAAGAAUCAGACACCAGAAACAAGACGUGAGUUUGACCUGAAUGAUCCCCAGGCCCUCAAGAAGGACAGACCCGCCCGAGUUUCGGACACCGACCCUCGCUGUACCAUCUCUGGCAUGCAGAAGUUUGCAGGGGAAGACCUAAACUAUGAGCAGAGGAUGAAGUUCCAAAAGGAGCAGCUAAGAGAGUGGUCUCUUCAGCAGCAGAAAGACUGGAAGAAUGCAUUAGCUGACCAAAAACUGGCAGAUGAUCUUUAUGACAAGUACAGGGUUGAAAUCGACCGAAAGAUUCUGGAGCUCCAACGACAGGAAGAAGAAAGCAGGCGUGCAGUCUGUACAGCCACCAAGGAUUUCAACAGAAUCCAGGCUGACGAACUAGCUUUUAAAAAGGAGCUGGACAAGUCUCAAACACUGAGAGACAACAUGGAUGAAAUUACCUUCCUGCUUCGAGGAGACUUCCUUUCUGAGAACCCUGCCCAAGCCCUCAGUCCCUUGGGUGACCGUGUGCUCGUGGACCGCUGGAAGGGCAUGAGCCCAGAGCAGCUGAUGGCCAUUCGGCACUACCAGAAGGAACAAGUUCAGGAGAACCUGAGGCUGAGGGAGCAGGAGCGGCAGCGGGACAUGGAGUGGGACAGGCAGCGCGUGCAGGCGGCCAGAGCACAGAUGCUGCUGGAGAGGGAGCAGCGCCGGCAGCUCCGGGAGCGGCGCCGGGACCUGGACUGCAUGAAUGCAGAGCUCUCCCAGGAGCAGAGGGCAAAGAACAUCUACCUUAAAGAAGAAGCGUAUUCCAAUGUCCCAACAGCCCAGUAUUAUGCACAGUUUAACACAACCACCCGGUGACAUUCUGGAUAAAUCAACCUGAAUUACACAGAAGUAUGUAGACAUUAAAAUUUCUAAGUGAGCCA